CGUCUCCUCCACCUUCCCCACCGCCUGCCGCUCUUCCUCAUUCUCACCUAAUGGGAGCAAGAACAGUGCCCGAAAAAGGGCGCCCAAGGGUGAUGAGAGCAGGAACCUUUGCACGGGAGAUGGAGUCUGCAGCGCGUGCCCCUGCGACGGCGGACCCUGCACAGGUGCCGUCUUCUUCCCGCAUGUGCGUCGCCUCGUCAUGCCCCGGCGACUUCCUCCGGCCGCACGGCCGCAUCGGACCCAGCGUCUCCAGGGUGAGAGGAUUCCAGACUUCUGGUGGGGAGGAAGAACGCUGGGCUGUUGAUGGAGCCACUUCCAAAUCAUGUCAUGAUGCCGAUGAGGCAUGGCAUUGUUUCUUCUGCCGGGCGCCGGCAGCAUGACCUGAAGAUACGUAACUCAGGCAAUCUCUAUUGGUCUUGCUGGAUACACUCACGUAAAUAUCAUAUGCUAAUAAGUAUUUAAAUCUGUUAAGCAAUUCUUGUUUGGUUUUCCCUUUACUGUUAUGUGUGCUGAAUGGUAACUACUAAAGCAUGUUGGGUUUUCCCUUUACUCCAGGCUGGCCACUCGGCGCCGAGCGAGCAAGCUACCUGUUGUGGUGGCGGGGAAUGAUGAACACUGCCGGCAGUCACGGGCGCUCACCUUUUCCCUAACCAUCUAGGUUCUCCACUCUCUGAUCUGACUCCUCUCUCCCAUCUCUCUGCAGGAACACGGACGGUUUACAGGGGACCGACCCGGCGAUCAAGAAGGCGGUCAAUAUGAACCUUCUUCAAGUUUGGUGAUUUCACCACCUAAAAAAUUAGCUUUAUUAAGGGUGUGCCUGCUACUUUGUACAAAAAUGA